AUGGUCAUAAAGGACCCACAGGCUCCAUUUAAAAAUAAAGAUCAAAAGGAACAGAAAAGGGAAAACAGUCCCCAGUAUGGGUUUGGCUCAUUGUGUAAAAAGAGGUGUAACAAUAACUGCAAAAGAUCCUUGGAGAACAUGAUAAAAACACCCAUGGGACUGCAGCAAAACAACUUGGCAAAAUUUGAGGAAAAGAGGCAAAGACCACGGCAAAGCCCUAUACGCAGAGCUCUUCGAAGCACGCUCAGAAAUCAGGCCUCUGCCGAGCGUGGGGACAGAUACCUGUACUUCGGUCACAGAGUGGAUUGCCGCUUCAUUCACAUAUUCCCACAUGUAUGGCCUCUAAAGGUUACAUAUGCCAUAAAGCAGUGUCCAGUGGUUCAGGGCAAUUUUAACCCUCAGCUUAACACCACCACAGCCUACAACCAGCUCCUUCGGGAGCGUUUGCGUGAGGGGCGUUCGCUCGGCGGCCGAGGGGCAGGGGCACGCCCCGCAGCGCGGCGGAAAGACCCGGGGUUUCCGUCUUCGUUUUCAGUCAAGACUCUGAUUGACCGUUCCUGUUUUGAGACUAUAGAUGAUACUUCCCCUGAAUUUAAUAAUUUUGCAGCCAUUCUGGAGCAGAUUCUAAGUCAUCGACUGAAAGGUCAGAUCACCUGGUUCGGCUAUGAAAGUCCUCGUAGUUUCUGGGACUACAUUCGAGUAGCUUGCCGAAAAGUCUCUCACAAUUGCAUCUGCAGUAUUGAGAACAUGGAGAAUGUCGGCUCUUCUAGAGCUAAGGGUCGAGCCUGGAUCAGAGUAGCACUUAUGGAAAAGCAUUUGUCUGAAUAUAUUUCCACAGCUCUGAGAGACUUCAAAACGACCAGGAGAUUUUAUGAGGAUGGAGCAAUUGUUCUUGGUGAAGAAGCAAAUAUGCUUGCUGGUAUGCUGUUGGGACUCAAUGCAAUUGAUUUCAGUUUUUGUCUGAAGGGUGAGGGAUUGGAUGGCAGCUUUCCAGCUGUCAUAGAUUAUACACCGUACUUGAAGUUCACCCAAAGUUCUGACAGCAUCAGCAGUGAUGAAGAAGAGCUAAGAACGCUGGGCAGCAGUGGCAGUGAAGGCAGUACUCCAGAGAACAUUGGUCCUCCUUUCAUCACAGAUGAAAACAGUUGGUACAACAAAUGCAAAAGGGUAGAACAGAAGUACCGGCUUGCGUUGGAACAGAAGGGUUACCUUGAAGAAUUGGUACGACUCAGAGAAAACCAGCUAUCUGAAUCUGUCUCACAGAAUAAACUGCUGUUACAAAGAAUUGAAGAUAUGGAUCUAGCCCAUAAAAUGGAGAAGGAACAGCUGGAAUAUAUCAUUGUGGAACUGCAAGACCAGUUGACUGUGCUAAAGAAUAAUGACUUGAGAUCAAGACAAGAAUUAACUACUCACCUCACCAAUCAGUGGCCUUCCCCAGGAGCUCUGGAUGUCAAUGCUGUUGCCUUGGACACUCUACUCUAUAGAAAGCACAAUCAACAGUGGGACGAGAAAAGUUUUCAAAGUCUGGACCAACUUUCAGCAGAAGUUAGUCUUUCUCAGUCCUCUCUGGAUCCAGGUCAUUCGCAGGACGGGAAGCAGGAUGGAAUGAACUUGUUAAAUGAAGGGAAGGAAGACACUCCGUCGUUGCUUGGUCUUUGUGGCUCUCUCACUUCAGUAGCAAGCUACAAAUCUCUCACAAGUCUGAAAUCCAGUGAAUAUCUUGCAAGUCCCACAACAGAGAUGACGAGUCCAGGCUUAACGCCAUCUUGAGAUGCACACAGGAAGGAAGAGCUUUGUGUUGUAUGCAUUUGGUUUGUGUUCCAUAAAAUGACUUGCAAUGAGGACCGCUAGUUUUAAGUUAAAAAAUACGCUGCUUUGUUUUUUCUUUUCAUGGUUUCCUGUUUAAUUCACAAAUUCUGUCAGUUUUCAUUUUUUCCCCCCAGAGGACUUUUCAGAUUUUCUGUUUUGGUCUUGAAUUAUUUCAAGCUCUUAGUCAGGUAUGGGACAUAUAAUCAGAUGCUUAUGACUGAUUUCUAAAAUGAAACAGUUGGAAAUCAGUCCCCUAGUUAACUGCC